AUGUCAAAAGUAGGCGUCUCAGACGAUCCGGCCGCAGCAGUCGCGACAUCCCGCUCCGACGGCAAGACUCAUCUGCUCCUAUGCGCCAGCGGCUCAGUGGCCACCAUCAAGUUGCCCAACAUCAUCAAAGCCCUCGGCCACCACAAGAGCCUCGCCAUCAGAGUCAUCCUCACGGCCUCGGCGACAGAGUUCCUCAAUGGUUCAACAGAAGAACAGCCCUCUCUUGCCGCGAUAAGAGUGCUGCCAAAUGUCGAAGGCAUUCACUUGGAUGCGGAUGAGUGGGUGCAGCCUUGGCGGCGCGGUGCGUCGAUUCUGCAUAUUGAGUUGCGACGGUGGGCGGACUUGAUGCUCGUCGCUCCACUUUCGGCAAACACACUGGCCAAAAUCGUCAACGGCUUCUCAGACAACCUCUUGACAAGUGUGGUCCGAGCAUGGGAUGCAGAUGGACUCAUCGAUGGCCGGAAAAAGAAGAUCCUUGUGGCUACCGCGAUGAACUCGGCCAUGUACGCGCAUCCUAUUACUGCGAAGCAGGUCAAGGUGCUAGAAGAAGAGUGGUCGUGGUUCGAGGUACUGAGACCGAUUGAGAAGACGCUUGCUUGUGGUGACACUGGCAGUGGUGCAAUGAUGUCGUGGGAGGAUAUAGUCAAGGUGACGGAGACGAGGCUUGGCCUUUGA